AUGUUGCAGGAUGUUGCAGGAUGGAUGGACAGCGGGAUGAUGUGGUCGAAGUUCGAACGGUGGCGGCGUAGCGCCGGUUGCUGGGUACAACAGGAGCACGAGCCUUUUGUACACACGGUGACGCUGUGCAGAGCUGAGCUCACCGUCUGCACACCGAAUGCCGAAUGUCCAAAUAGACUCCCACUUGCACCACCGUCCUCUGCACCGCUCCUGCUGCGAUUGCUCGAUCCAUCGCGACCCAGUUCCCAGAUUCUGAUCCAGCGCACCUGGUUGGCCCAGUGGCAGACGCUCCCAACCUCCCCCAACCCCCCCAGCCCAAAGCGCGGCUCCCAGCCCCAACCAAAUCUAAGUGCCCUCCUCCCUUGCUUUGUAGCACCUCGACCCUUCUCUCCACGUUCACCCACGAGCCUCCUUGUCCUGCUGCAUUCCCGAGAACAACACUCGCUGACUCUGCCCGCACAUUCCCUCUGUCGAAGCAUCGAAGCCCUGCACGCUCGCUACGGCUCCGUGCAGAUACGCUAA